AAUUUGGCAUUCAACUCCCAACACUUCCUGGGGUAAAUGUUGAAGUAACAUCAGUUUGUUGCUCAUCCUCGGCGUUUUUACUUUUACUUUUACUUCUAUGGAGAAGACAAAUGUUUCACUUCCUCUUGUGUUUACAGAGGACGUUGGGCGUUAGACUCGUGCUUCGACGGCCGUGUUGGUCUAAUGUCGAUGAGGGUCACGUGGCUGCCAUAAACACACAAGAAGACUCCAUUACCCAGGUCACCAGAGGAGGCAAAAGAGAGGUUUGUCAGCCGGUUUUGGAUCGUUUUGACCGGCAGUACGGCGAAGAGCUCGGGGACUCGUGGGCGUCCGUCAGGUCGGUGCUCCUCGACCCCGCAUCCUGGCAGCACGGCGUGAUGCUCAACCGCUUCGCCGCGGCGACGGACGCCGAGCGCGCCCUCCUGUCACAGGGCUUCUCCACGCUGCUGCCUCGGAGAGAGGGUCCCGAGGGCGACUCCCGCCCCCUCCCGUCGGAGGCGGACCUCGCCCCGCCCCCGCCGCCGUUGCGGUGUUACAUCCACCCGCGUCCGACGCGGUUCCCGUCGCCUGCUCACAGGGCCGGGCAGCUGAAGCCGUACUACCUCCUCAACGCCGCCUCCCUGCUUCCCGUCCUCGCUCUGCAAGUCGGAGACGGGGAGAAAGUUCUGGACCUGUGCGCCGCCCCCGGGGGCAAAGCUUUGGCCGUAAUGCAGUGCGCAACCCCAGCCUUCCUCUGCUGCAAUGAACCCGACUCUCAGCGACGCCAGCGGCUGGCCAAAACCUUGGAGUCCUUCCUGCCGCGCUGGAUGAGCAGCAGAGUGCUGGUGGCGGCCCAGGACGGACGCUCCUUUGGGCAAAGGGAAGUUGGGAAAUAUGACAAGGUCCUGGUUGACGCUCCAUGCUCCAACGACAGGAGCUGGCUGUUCUCGUCUGCUGACCAGCAGGUGGAACAGAGGUUCAAGGAGAGAAGCCGGCUGCCACGGCUCCAGGUCCAACUUCUACGGUCUGCCCUGUCUGCGGUGCGUCCAGGGGGGGCUGUGGUCUACUCAACAUGCACCAUGUCCAGCGCCGAGAACUUUGGCGUGGUGGAGGCGGUGCUCAGAGACUGUCCUGAAGCCGAACCCGAGGACCUCCGGGAGGAGAUUGCUCUUCCCCUAUCGACCCACUUCUCAUUCCGCGUAGGCGGGCAGGUAACCCACCCCCAGCCUCUGCAGCCGCAGUGUGUCCGUGCGUCCUCUCCUGACCACAAACUGGGCAUUCUAGUCCUCCCGCAGCCUCGUAAAACCUGGGGACCGAUGUUUGUGUCUCGGCUCAGAAAGAGGAAAAAUAAAUGACAUGUGAAAAUGAAAAAAAAACGUUUUA